UGUGACCGCGGAGAUGGCACUCAAGCUGCACAUCUGCGUUCUGCUGGGGCUUUAUGUCGGUGUUGUAGAAUCUUCAAUAUAUGAGAACGUGACUGUAGUAGCGGGAAGAACACUAACCCUAAGUUGCCCUUUUAACUUCACUACAAGUGAUUACUUGGAGUGGAAAAAUCCAAGUCACCAUGUGAUUUUUUUCAAUCAAGAAAAAGUUCUGAAAGACAACAGGUACAAGCUUUUCUCCUCCUCUAAUUCAGAAUCCACCAUCAGCCUGUCUAAUGUCAAUUUUAAAGACGGGGGUUACUACACAUGUUUGGAAUACUCCCAUCCAGUCAAAACGAAACUGUUCAAAGUGACAGUUGUGGGUCGCCCAAAACUUGAGGUAACUGAACAUGAUGGCAAGACUGCGAUCAAAUGUUCAGCGCAGGCAAAUUUCCCACUUCCAAAAAUAUACUGGCUUUUUGAAAGUGGAUUAGAAGUUGAUGCCCAACCCCAGCAUCACUGUGAUUCAAUUAAAUGCUCUUCAGAGGAUAUAUUACUAGUUCGAUCUUACAAGAGAAGAACAAUCGUGAAAUGUGUCGUACGCCAUGCAGCCCUGUACGACUCAUACCUGAUUAAUUUUGUUGCCAUUGGUAACAACUCUAUUGAAGAACCACAACUGAUAUCAACACCUGCAUACGUACCAAGCACUAGAACUUCAAAAGAGCAGCUUACAGAAUCAGUGACUGGCACACAGUUCAUCACUGACAAUGAGACAUCUGUCUUGGUGACAACAGAAUCAUCAUUAGCAAAUAUUACGACCAACAACACCAUUACAACCAAAGGGAGCCUGCAUGAGAAGGAGGCACGAAGGAAGGAGAGACGUUCCCCUUUGCUCAUCUUCCUUGUGACCUGCCUCAUCGUCGCUCUUCUGGUGGUGAUGAUCUUCUUUGGAAUUAAGCUGCAGAAACAAUGUGUCCUCUGGAAAAAAGAAAACGAAGACACCGAUCAGUCACUUGAGAGCAGUAAAUCAAAAUCAAGUCAUGAAGAAAGGCAGUCCCAAGAAAGGAGAGGACAUGGAUUGCCUAACACGUACACAAAAUACGUGGUUGGAGAAACUGCAGCAGAAGAAUCGAACAGAAGAACUGCAGUAGAAGAAUCGAGCAGAACUGCAGCAGAAGAAUCGAAACUGCAACAGAAGAAUCAAGAAAAAGAAGCUACGAAAGAAUCGCUACAAGUUCCUAAUGGCCACGCAUCUGAAGUUCAGGUCACCGUGGAAACACACGAACCAGAAGCAAUGUCUCAGAUAAAGGAAACGGAACUAUAAGCAUCUUAACUAUGAACAGGUUUAGCUUUUUAUGCCGUUCACAUUAGCUGUGAGGAAACUUUGCACAUGAAGAUUAUGAAUGCCAUGCAUUCGAAGAUUUACUUCAGCCCUAGAUAAGCAGUUAUGGCAGAUAUGUUAUUGAAAUGAAUGACAAUAUAUUUAUCUUACCGAUUGUAUUUUAAUUGUAAAUAUUUUUAUACCUAAUUUAAAUGUCACAUUGUUAGCCUUUUCAUUGUUUUAAUUAAAAGCAAGAAUUGUGUUUUGA